CGGAGAGCUGGUGCCUCCCCUGGGUCCGGAUUUGCAUGGCAGGAAGGGGCCUGGUGAGGAAGAUGUGGGGAGGGGACAGCCUGUAGCUCAGGCAGUUACACGCUCUCCCCAGGAGCCUUGGACGGCCUCACGGGCUUGGGGUCCGGGACAGAGCCGUGACCAUGGCCUGGCUGGUGCUGUCUCCCACGGCCAGAAACUGGCUGGUGCUACUGCUGCUGCUGCUUUCAGGUGAGCCGGUGGCAGUCAAAGCAAAGGAGCCGAACCCAAAUUCCAAAGGAAGCGCUUGUUCCCGGAUCUGGCAGCACCCACGCUUCAUGGCCCGGAAACGGGGCUCCGUGGUGAAGUUACGGUGCUACUCGAACGACACCAACUCCAUGAGCUGGUUCCGGAAACCAAACAUGGAAGCGCAGCCGCAGGAGGUACCCAAAGAACCCGACCGAGUCCUGCAGACCCAGAACGGCACCAUGGCCACCCUCACCAUCCAGGGCAUCCAGUUUGAGGACAACGGCAUCUACAUGUGCCAGCAGCAACGCUCAGGGGCCGCCAAGGAUGCCAUUUGGGGCUGCAGCACGGAGCUGCGCGUCAUGGGGCUCAGCACCUUGGCCCAGCUGAAGCGGCGGAACACGCUGAAAGACGGCAUCAUCAUGAUCCAGACCCUGCUCAUCAUCCUCUUCAUCAUCGUGCCCAUCUUCCUGCUGCUGGACAAGGAUGACAGCAAGGCCGGGAUGGAGGAAGAUCACACCUAUGAGGGUCUCGACAUUGACCAGACUGCUACCUACGAGGACAUAGUGACUCUGCGGACAGGGGAGGUGAAGUGGUCUGUGGGCGAGCACCCCGGCCAGGAGUGAGGGGCUGCCCACCCCACCACGCCCGGGCACAGCACGAGGGUCUUCCUGGCUGCUGCAGAGGUGCCUGGCUCACGGCCCAUCCCCUCCUCCCUGGACCCCUCGCUAGUCUCCGAAGCUGGCCUACCAGAGCCGCCUGCCCCUCCGGCCCCUGGAGUAGGACAGCAGGGCAGUGGUCUGGAGUGGGCAGUGCCACACAGGAAUUCGUCCCCACGGUUGGGACAGCAAGACAGAGACUUGCUCAGAACUUGCAAACGGACUCAGAACAGACCAGCUUCCAGCGGAGCCCAGGAAAGGCCACUGAGAACCUCAUUCCUCUCUCCCAUCCUCCCCAGUCUCGCACGGAAUAAAUGAUGUGUCUUGCGAACCCACA